GGUGGGGUGGGGCUGGCUCCGCCCCCGCGGGGUAGCGGCGGCCAUUUUGUGAGGGACGGGACGAGUCGAGGCCGCUCACUGUCGACAGGGAGGAGAAAGAAAAAUAAACUGCAGCCGCCGCGCCGCAGAACAAAACAAAAAAAAAACCCACUGAAAUCCUAGUCAGCAGCCGCUCUCGCCUCCUCAAAGCGACCAGCUUUUCGUUCCCGACGAGUCUUUCUACUAAUAUCGCAUGUCCACUAUCCAGAACCUCCAAUCUUUUGACCCCUUUGCUGAUGCAACUAAGGGUGACGACCGCCUCCCGGCAGGGACUGAAGAGUACAUCCAUAUAAGAAUUCAACAACGUAACGGCAGGAAGACACUGACCACUGUCCAAGGCAUUGCAGAUGAUUAUGAUAAAAAGAAGCUUGUGAAAGCAUUUAAAAAGAAAUUUGCUUGCAAUGGUACUGUGAUAGAACACCCUGAAUACGGUGAAGUAAUCCAACUUCAAGGUGACCAGAGGAAGAACAUCUGCCAAUUUCUUCUGGAGGUUGGCAUUGUGAAGGAGGAGCAGUUAAAGGUCCACGGCUUCUAGAGGAUGUGUUUAACAGCUCCUGAAGUUUCCUGUUGUGUGGCUGGUUCUUUGUAUAUUUGUUAGCUUAUAUACACACUCAUAUUAUGCAGGAAUGAAUAACUGCAGUGAAUGGACUUCCCACGUGAUUAGAUCUCCAGAAUUUAACUCCGAUAUGCAUGACUACAGAAGAAGUGUGCUAUUUAGGCUAGUAACUCAUAAGAAAACUGCUAUAAGAUGGUAAUAAAAUGACAGACAUAUGUAUAUUUAGCACAUUUCCAAUGGAAAUGUUUUAGUGCUAAUUGUUCUACUUAAAUUUUCCUGAUUUUGAAGUUUUUUUUUGUUGUAUUAAAACCAUGUAUGUUGUAUAAGGCAAUUAACAAUAAACCAGCUAUGUAUUCUGAA